UUAUCUUUAGAAUGCAAAGAACUCAUAUUCCUCCUCAGUUAUAGAUGAAGGAAGUAAACUCAUAAGAUUAUCUCACUUGCUACCUGUAAAGUCAUAUAGUGAAACUCAGUAUUAUUUUGCAUGUCUGCUUCUGGCUAAAACAGACUAGCCAGUGUCAGACCAACCCUGCUGCCAAGAACUAAAAUGCUUAGGUAACUAAUAAAAAGCAACUAUUUGAAGGUAUUGGAAGCUACUAGGGCAUUGAAGACUUUGAAGCCAAGAUCCCAGAGAGAAGGGAGGUCUAAAGAGGCCGAAUAAACAUUUGGUGCCACAUGACCCCGCAGAAGCAUUUGCCAGCUUCAGUGCUAGGACUGAAAACCUGAACAAGCAGCUAAGUAGAGUUUUCAAUAGACGUUGGAGGCUGGGGUCACAAAAACGGGAGUUCAGGGAUGAGAGACCCUGGUAAGCAUCCCAGGCUUUUGGUUGGAACCACCCCUGUUACCCCCUAAAAACCCCAACUUUUUACCCUAGGUGUAUGGUGAACCUAGAAACUUUUCUGAAAUCCAGCCCUCACAAAACACAAAAACUUAGUUUUGAAUUGGCUGAAAUAGCUUAAAGUCUUUCACCCCUGCUCUUAAAUGCUUGUCAGAAGCAAAACUAAAUCCUCUCUAGAGGAAGGUAACAUUCACAGCCUCAGCUUAUCUCCACAAUUUUGUGCAUGCAAGGUUAACAUUCAGUCAAAAACUAGGCAUAUAAAAAAACAGGCGAUAAGGUUACCCACAGGAGAGCUAGAUAUUAGGGUUAUCAGACAUGGACCUUAAUGUAAUGUUGAUAAAUAUGUUUAAUAAAUUAAGUGACAAAUGGAGGGUUUCAGAAAAAACUGGACACUAUGAAAAAAGUUAAAUGGAAAUUCUGAAAUUGAAAAGUACAAUAUAGGGUGACAAUAGUUUACAAUAAUCUAUUGUAUAUUUUAAAAUAGCUGGAAGAGAAGAAUUUGAAUUUUUUAACAUAAAGACAUUUAAGGCGAUGGAUAUCCCAAUUACACUGAUUUGAUCCUUAAAAUCAUAUGAAUGUACUAAAUUAUCACAUGUAUCCUGAAAAUAUGUGUAUCUGUUAUGUAUCAAUUAAAAAUUAAAAAGAAGAACUUUUAAAAGUACAGUAACUCAAAUUAGGAAUUAAACAGGAGGGUUUAAUAGUAUUCUUAGCUGAAGAAGAAAUGAGUAAACUAGAAGAUAGAUCAGAAGACAAUGUUCAUACCAAAGCACAGAGAGACAGAAGAAUGGAAAAUGAAAAUAAAAAUAUGUAAGAGACAAAUGGGACACUGUUAAAAGUCUAAAAUACUUACAGUUGGAAUCUCAGAAGGAGAGGAGAAAGAAUAGAUCAGAAGCAAUAGUAAAAGACAUAAUGACUUGAGAAUCUUCCAAAACUAGUACAAACUUGCGUAUUUGAGAAUCACCGUAGCUCUAAGCAGAAUCAAUACCAAAAUACAAAAAUAAGGGGAAAAGAGAGGAAAAAUUGCCAAAACAAAGAAAAUCUUAAAAUCAGCCAAAGUAGGAAAAAGAUACAUUACCUUCAAAGGAGGACAAUAAAGACUGACAGUCUACUUUGCGAAGAAAUGGAAAUCAAAAUACAGUGGAAUGAUGGCUUCAAAGUGUUGUAAGAAAAUAACUGCCAAUCUAGAAAUCUGUAUGAAGCAAAAAUAUCUUUCAAAAAUGAAGUGAGAAUAUAGAUAUUUUCAGACAGACAAAAAUUUGAGAGAGUUCAUCAUCAGCAGAUCCACACUAGAGGUACUAUAAAGAGGUAAAAGGAAAAUUAUCCUAACUGGAAGCAUGGAGAUGCGGAAAGGAGUAAAGAGCACUGGAAAGGAUAGAUAGACGAAUACAUCUAAAGUAAUGUGAACUGUGUAAAACAGUAAAAAUAUUGAUAGGUGCAGCAAACCACCAUGGCACACGUUUACCUAUGUAACAAACCUGCACAUGUACCUGGAAUUUAAAAUUUUUUUAAGUAAAAAUAAUAAAUGGCAACAGCAACCCAGAAAGCUGGAAGAGAGUUCUGAUGGGGGAAAAACACAGGUUAUUUUUCCUCGGCUCUCACUCUACAGCAGUGAUCAUCACAGAGGACUUCUUUGACCAAAUGUGUGGCUUUCUCCCCACAUGCCAAGCAAGCAGUCAGUUCUGCAGUGGACACCAGCGGGGUCUCUCUCAACGCAGAAGACUUCUGUGACCAAACAUGUGAGGGUUUCUUGCCACACAUCAAACGAGCAAGGAGUUCUGCUGUGGACGUCAGAGACAGCCAACCAAAAUGAGAAGCAUUACUUGUUCUGUGACAAAAAACCAAAUGGAAGAAGAUAAUAUAGAAAGACAUUGGUGAAACAAGGAGGUGGAAUACCUAUGUCAGUGGCUAGACAAGAAGCACCGUAAGAUGUUUAAAAGUGUUUUCUCAACCUUGAUUGAAAAUGGAGUCACAUCUGGAAGCUUUAAAAACUGCCAGUGCUCGAGUUCCAUUCCCAGAGAUUUCCCUGGCAUGGGUUGCAGCCAUUGGAGAUUUUUGAAGCUCUUCAGGGAGAAAGAGCAAGAAACACAAGAAGAGGAACGUUUGAUGGAAGAAAAGAAAAAGAAAAAGCAGGAAGAAAAGAAAAAGAAGGAAGGUGCUCAGAAAAAGGCUGCUGAUCAAAAAACCAAAGUGCCAGAACCUACUAAGACCUGUUCAAGCCAGCCCCAACCUGCCGGUACCAGUACCAGUACUUCCACCAGCACUAUCUCCAGCAGCAACAAUGGCAAACGUUCAUGUGCCGGUGGCCAGCAGCCAGCUGCAUCCCGUUACCUGCCUCGUGAGGUGCCUCCACGCUUCCGCCAGCAAGAACAGAAGCAGCUAUUAAAGAGAGGCCAGCCAUUGCCUACGGGGACUCUAACCAGUGUGAGCCCAACCCAGGGUGCUGGGCCUGCAGGGGUAAGCCCACCUCCCCUACCUGGAGCCGGAACACAGCAUCAUCCCAGUAAGCUCCAACCAGAUCUCAGUCAUAGUGGAUUGGCAGAUCAUUAUGAAAAUUCCCACUGGGGACAGCAGCCUACUUACAGAAGCGAAGCCAACUGCAGCUGGGAUAAAGUGAUAAUAGAUAGGACUGACAAGGAGGCGUGGCCUUCCAUCACAGGAACAGAGACUGAAUCUGCCUCAGAAUGUACUACAGACACUGACUCUGCCUCCAACUGUGGCUCAGAGAACAGUAGCAUGGCUACAGGGAGUGCCCAGGGCAACUUCACUGGACAUACCAAGAAGACAAAUGGCAAUAAUGGCACCAAUGGCGCACUCGUCCAAAGCCCUUCUAAUCAGAGUGCCCUUGGAGCAGGGGGAGCGAACAGUAAUGGAAGUGCGGCCAGAGUGUGGGGUGUAGCCACAGGCUCCAGCUCUGGCCUGGCUCACUGCUCUGUCAGUGGUGGGGAUGGAAAAAUGGACACUAUGAUUGGAGAUGGGAGAAGUCAGAAUUGCUGGGGUGCUUCCAACUCCAAUGCUGGCAUUAAUCUUAACCUUAAUCCUAAUGCCAACCCAGCUGCCUGGCCUGUACUUGGACAUGAAGGAACCGUGGCGACAGGCAACCCUUCCAGUAUUUGCAGUCCAGUCAGUGCCAUAGGUCAAAACCAGAACGGGAACCCAACAGGCACUUUAGGUGCUUGGGGAAACUUGCUGCCGCAAGAGAGCACAGAACCACAAACGUCCACUUCUCAGAAUGUGUCUUUCAGCGCACAACCUCAGAACCUUAACACUGAUGGACCAAAUAACACUAACCCCAUGAACUCUUCACCCAACCCUAUCAAUGCAAUGCAGACAAAUGGACUGCCAAACUGGGGCAUGGCUGUUGGUAUGGGGGCCAUCAUCCCACCCCACCUGCAAAGCCUUCCUGGUGCUAACGGAUCAUCAGUUUCUCAAGUCAGUGGGGGCAGUGCUGAAGGAAUAAGCAAUUCUGUAUGGGGACUGUCCCCAGGUAACCCUGCCACAGGAAAUAGCAAUUCUGGGUUCAGUCAGGGGAAUGGAGACACUGUGAACUCAGCAUUAAGUGCUAAACAAAACGGAUCCAGCAGUGCUGUGCAAAAGGAAGGAAAUGGAGGAAAUGCUUGGGAUUCAGGACCUCCUGCUGGUCCUGGAAUACUCGCCUGGGGAAGGGGCAGUGGCAACAAUGGCAUUGGUAAUAUCCAUUCGGGAGCUUGGGGCCACCCCAGCCGAAGCACCUCUAACGGUGUGAAUGGGGAAUGGGGAAAGCCCCCAAACCAGCAUUCCAAUAGUGACAUCAAUGGGAAAGGAUCAACAGGGUGGGAGAGUCCUAGUGUCACCAGCCAGAACCCUACCGUGCAGCCUGGUGGUGAACACAUGAACUCCUGGGCCAAAGCGGCAUCUUCUGGAACUACAGCAAGUGAAGGAAGUAGUGAUGGUUCUGGCAACCACAAUGAAGGAAGCACUGGGAGGGAAGGAACAGGAGAAGGCCGAAGGCGAGAUAAAGGGGUUAUAGACCAAGGGCACAUCCAGUUGCCAAGGAAUGAUCUUGACCCGAGAGUUCUAUCUAAUACUGGUUGGGGACAGACUCCUGUAAAGCAAAACACUGCCUGGGAAUUUGAAGAAUCCCCUAGGUCUGAAAGGAAGAAUGACAAUGGGACAGAGGCCUGGGGUUGUGCAGCUACUCAGCCUUCAAACUCAGGGGGGAAGAACGAUGGGUCCAUCAUGAACAGUACAAAUACCUCUUCAGUAUCUGGGUGGGUCAAUGCGCCACCUGCCGCUGUGCCAGCAAACACAGGUUGGGGAGACAGCAACAACAAAGCGCCAAGUGGCCCGGGGGUUUGGGGGGACUCGAUAAGCUCUACUGCUGUUAGUACUGCUGCUGCUGCCAAGAGUGGCCAUGCUUGGAGUGGGGCCGCAAAUCAGGAGGACAAGUCACCCACCUGGGGUGAGCCUCCAAAGCCCAAAUCCCAACACUGGGGAGAUGGACAAAGAUCAAAUCCAGCCUGGAGUGCCGGAGGGGGAGACUGGGCAGAUUCAUCGUCUGUCCUUGGACACUUGGGGGAUGGGAAAAAAAAUGGAUCUGGAUGGGAUGCUGACAGUAAUAGGUCAGGGUCUGGUUGGAAUGACACCACGAGAUCUGGGAGCAGUGGCUGGGGCAACAGCACAAAUACAAAGGCCAAUCCAGGUACAAACUGGGGGGAGACUUUAAAACCUGGCCCCCAACAGAACUGGGCUAGCAAACCCCAAGACAACAAUGUGAGUAACUGGGGAGGAGCUGCUUCUGUGAAACAGACAGGAACAGGGUGGAUCGGGGGGCCAGUACCAGUCAAACAGAAGGACAGCAGUGAGGCAACUGGCUGGGAAGAACCCUCUCCACCGUCCAUUCGCCGCAAAAUGGAAAUUGAUGAUGGUACCUCAGCUUGGGGGGACCCAAGCAACUAUAACAAUAAAACUGUAAACAUGUGGGAUAGAAACAACCCGGUCAUCCAGAGCAGUACCACGACCAAUACCACCACCACCACCACUACCACGAGCAACACCACACACAGGGUCGAGACUCCGCCACCGCACCAGGCCAGUACUCAGCUGAAUCGAUCACCAUUGCUCGGUCCAGGUAUGAAAGUUUCAUCAGGCUGGGGAGAAAUGCCUCAUGUUCACUCAAAGACUGAGAACUCUUGGGGAGAGCCACCCUCCCCUUCUCCCCUGGUGGAUAAUGGUACAGCCGCAUGGGGGAAGCCACCCAGCAGUGGUAGCGGCUGGGGAGAUCACCCUGCCGAGCCGCCAGUGGCAUUUGGAAGAGCUGGCGCACCUGGUGCUGCCUCAGCCCUGUGCAAACCAGCUUCAAAAUCUAUGCAAGAAGGCUGGGGCAGUGGUGGGGAUGAAAUGAACCUCAGUACCAGCCAGUGGGAGGAUGAAGAAGGGGACGUGUGGAAUAAUGCUGCUUCCCAAGAAAGCACCUCUUCCUGCAGCUCCUGGGGGAACGCCCCCAAAAAAGGACUUCAAAAGGGCAUGAAGACAUCUGGCAAGCAGGAUGAGGCCUGGAUCAUGAGCCGGCUGAUCAAACAACUCACAGACAUGGGCUUCCCGAGAGAGCCAGCCGAGGAGGCCUUGAAGAGUAACAAUAUGAAUCUUGAUCAGGCCAUGAGUGCUCUGCUGGAAAAGAAGGUGGACGUGGACAAGCGUGGGCUGGGAGUGACCGACCAUAAUGGAAUGGCCGCCAAGCCCCUCGGCUGCCGCCCGCCAAUCUCCAAAGAGUCUUCCAUGGACCGCCCCACCUUUCUUGACAAGGAUGGCGGCCUCGUGGAAGAGCCCACGCCUUCACCGUUCUUGCCUUCCCCAAGCCUGAAGCUCCCCCUUUCACACAGUGCACUCCCCAGUCAGGCCCUGGGUGGGAUUGCCUCCGGGCUGGGCAUGCAAAACUUGAAUUCUUCUAGACAGAUACCGAGUGGCAAUCUGGGUAUGUUUGGCAAUAGUGGAGCAGCACAAGCCAGGACCAUGCAGCAGCCGCCACAGCCACCAGUGCAGCCUCUUAACUCUUCCCAGCCCAGUCUCCGUGCUCAAGUGCCUCAGUUUCUAUCCCCUCAGGUUCAAGCACAGCUUUUGCAGUUUGCAGCAAAAAACAUUGGUCUCAACCCUGCACUAUUAACCUCGCCAAUUAAUCCUCAGCAUAUGACGAUGUUGAACCAGCUCUAUCAGCUGCAGCUGGCAUACCAACGUUUACAAAUCCAGCAGCAGAUGUUACAGGCCCAGCGUAAUGUGUCCGGAUCCAUGAGACAACAGGAGCAGCAAGUUGCGCGCACAAUCACUAAUCUGCAGCAGCAGAUCCAGCAGCACCAGCGCCAGCUGGCCCAGGCCCUGCUCGUGAAGCAGCCACCACCGCCACCGCCCCCGCCGCACCUGUCUCUGCACCCCUCUGCAGGCAAAUCGGCCAUGGACAGCUUCCCCUCGCACCCGCAGACUCCCGGCCUACCUGACCUGCAGACCAAAGAGCAGCAGUCUUCACCCAACACCUUUGCUCCUUACCCUCUUGCUGGACUGAACCCAAACAUGAAUGUCAACAGCAUGGACAUGACCGGUGGCUUGUCGGUGAAGGACCCAUCCCAGUCCCAGUCACGCCUCCCCCAGUGGACGCAUCCCAACUCCAUGGAUAACUUGCCCAGUGCCGCUUCCCCCCUGGAGCAGAACCCUAGCAAGCAUGGUGCUAUCCCUGGAGGUCUAAGCAUUGGGCCUCCAGGUAAGUCCUCCAUUGAUGACUCCUAUGGCCGGUACGAUUUAAUCCAGAACAGUGAGUCACCAGCCAGUCCUCCCGUAGCUGUUCCCCAUAGCUGGUCACGUGCCAAAUCUGACAGUGAUAAAAUCUCAAAUGGCUCUAGCAUCAACUGGCCCCCAGAAUUCCAUCCGGGAGUUCCAUGGAAAGGACUGCAGAAUAUUGACCCUGAGAAUGACCCUGACGUCACUCCUGGCAGUGUCCCCACUGGGCCUACCAUCAACACCACCAUCCAGGAUGUCAACCGCUACCUCCUCAAGAGUGGAGGGUCCUCCCCGCCAUCAUCUCAGAAUGCCACGCUGCCUUCCUCGAGUGCCUGGCCGCUCAGUGCCUCCGGCUACAGUAGCUCUUUCAGCAGCAUUGCAUCCGCACCUAGCGUUGCAGGUAAACUGUCAGACAUUAAAUCGACGUGGUCCUCUGGCCCUGCCUCCCACACGCAAGCCUCUCUGUCUCAUGAACUGUGGAAGGUGCCCAGAAACACUACUGCACCCACGAGACCACCUCCAGGGUUAACCAAUCCCAAGCCCUCCUCCACCUGGGGUGCCAGCCCCCUCGGCUGGACCAGCUCCUACUCCUCAGGUUCUGCCUGGAGCACCGACGCCUCAGGAAGAACCAGCAGCUGGCUCGUUCUUCGAAACCUCACUCCCCAGAUUGAUGGUUCUACACUGCGGACAUUGUGUUUGCAACAUGGGCCUCUCAUCACAUUCCACCUGAAUCUGACUCAAGGCAAUGCCGUGGUCCGGUAUAGCUCCAAGGAGGAGGCUGCCAAGGCCCAGAAGUCUCUGCACAUGUGCGUCCUGGGAAACACUACCAUCCUGGCCGAGUUCGCUGGCGAAGAAGAAGUGAAUCGCUUCUUAGCCCAAGGCCAGGCGCUGCCACCCACCUCCAGCUGGCAGUCCAGUAGCGCGUCCAGCCAGCCGCGGCUCAGCGCAGCGGGCAGCUCCCAUGGCCUGGUGCGCAGCGACGCUGGCCACUGGAAUGCCCCGUGCCUGGGUGGCAAGGGGAGUAGUGAGCUGCUCUGGGGCGGGGUGCCCCAGUACUCCAGCAGCCUGUGGGGCCCGCCCAGCGCCGACGACAGCAGGGUGAUCGGCAGCCCCACCCCUCUGACCACCCUGCUGCCUGGGGACCUACUCAGCGGGGAGUCCCUGUAGGAGCUGCCAUCAUCAGCAUCAGGAGAGCCGACCCCUCCCGGGACCCCUCCCAGCUGGGCGGCCCCACAGACCCGCUGGAACCCAGCAGCGGCCACCCUUUUGAGUACCUCUGUCCAGGACUGAAGACGAACCUUGGCCGCAGUCCUUGUGAACUGUUCGCAAAACAGUGCGGGCUGCGGUGGGUCAGCGUCACAUGCUAAUGACAGGAUGUUCCUCAUAGCUUUUUAUUUUGUGUGUCUUAUGUUUGUAUAGUGUGUUGUCAUUUUGAUUUUUUUUUUUUUUUAAAGUAUAAAAGCUGCUUAGAAUAGUUCUAUCAUGAAGGGCACUUUUCAGAUUGUGGGCUGGAAAGGGUUAUUUUAUCUGUGGGGGAGGGAGGGAGACGUGAAGCCUAUUUAAAAUGAGCCUGUGACGAUUAUGCACAUUACCAGAGGCGGCCGGUAAUCAGGGCAGAGUCUGGUGUGGACCGCCGGGCGCAGAGCGGCUCCGCGGUGGGAGCUGAGCGGAAGGCGUGGGCUGCGAUCUGCUCUCUGUUCCCCUGGAUCCGCCUAUGCACAUUACCCUUGUUUCAUUACUUUUUCAUGUCAUUUUUUUAUCCCAAAAAAUAUUUUUUAAAAGUUAAAAAAAGACAUAUCAAACAUGCAAAUACUUGAAUCCAGCAGGCCAAUAGUGAAAUGUGAACACUUUCUAAUUCUACACUUCCAGGUUGACAUCAGUACACAGAAACAGGCUCUAGGAAAAAUUUCUAAGUUCAUAGCCUCCGUGUGUGUGUAUGUGUGCGUGUUGAAACAGAAGUGUGUGUGCGUAUGUGGCGCGUGCUCCUGCACGGCGUGCAUUUUCUUUGUGUGUGUGUUUGAAAGCGUGUGAGGAUUUAACUGUGGGUUUUCCCUUAUAUUCAGUAUAUGCUUUUUUUUUUUUUUUUUUUGGCGCAUUGGUCAAACGUUUGUUAUUGUUAGCUUCUAACUUUGCACUGAGUGUCCUCGCCCUUCCUUUAGCUAAUCCUAUACAUUACAGAGAAUUCCUAGGACAGGGCUGGCGACAAUUCAUGUGUAAAUGUUUACUCAAGGACUCUGUGACUGCGUUUGAAAAGUACAGUGUAUAUCUCUGGAGAAAUAAUAUGUAUACCUACCUUUAGCAGCUUUUUAUUGUGGACUAAUGCAAGAAAAUUAUUACCAGAGUAUUGCACCAUUUUUCCAUUUGGAAUAUAAAGUUAAAGAGAAAAAAAAAAAAAACUUGUUGAACUGUGGCCAUAGAUACUUGUAAAGAAU